GUUUACAGCAGGCGUCGUGCUGCAGCUGCUCAGACAUGGCUGUGGAUAUAACUCUUCUUUUCAAAGCCAGCGUGAAGACAGUGAAAACCAGAAACAAGGCGAUAGGAGUGGGCUUUGACUCGACCAAAGAUGAAAUUUUCAAGAGGAGCAGACCCAAGAGCGGCUUCUCUCCGAAGGCGAAAGAAGUGAUCACAAACAUCACCAAGCUCAAAGACUUUCUGCUGCAACACAGGAAAGAUUACGUGAGCGCUGGAAGCCUCAUCUCAUCAGAUCUCACCCGUAUGACGGAUAGUGAACGAGAUCAGAUCGACCAGGAUGCUCAGAUCUUCAUGAGGACCUGUUCUGAGGCCAUCAAGCAGCUACGCAAUGAAGCUGAGAAGCAGGUGACAUCAGCCCAGAUAAAGGAGCACAGGGGGGCAGUGCUGGACCUCAUUGAAAUGUAUCUAAGAGGAGUGUGUAAGAUUUAUUCUGAGCAGAGAGCAAUUAGAGUCAAGAGAAUGGUGGACAAGAAGAGACUGUCAAGACUGGGAUCAGAGCACCACGGUCGGGCGGGGAAAACGGUAGAAGUGGAGCCCACUGAGGAAAAGACUGUCAAGGAGGAAAGUUCUGAAAAGAAUGUGUCAGAGGUCCUGGACAACAGUGUCAACCUGUGGGAGGAGGGCCGAUUGGAGGAUGAGCUCUCUCCUGAGGAGAUCCAGAUGUUUGAGCAGGAAAACCAGAGGCUGGUCAGUGAAAUGAACAACCUGGUGGAUGAAGUGAGGCAAAUUGAGGGGAAGGUGGUGGAGAUCUCACGACUCCAGGAGAUCUUCGCUGAGAAAGUUCUUCAGCAAGAAACAGAGAUUGACAGCAUUCAUCAGCUGGUUGUCGGUGCUACAGAGAACGUUAAAGAAGGCAAUGAGGAUAUUCGAGAGGCAAUCAAAAACAACGCUGGCUUCCGGGUGUGGAUCCUUUUCUUCCUGGUCAUGUGCUCUUUCUCACUCCUCUUCCUGGACUGGUAUGACAGCUAACACAACUGCCGCGGUGGAUUCUAACUAUAUGACAGUGAACCGUCUGGCUCUGGCACAUAUUGGUUUAUAUGUAAAGACAACAACACUGAGACUGAAUGUACAGUUCACCACCUGGAUCUGAGGAUGAAAUGACAAUUCUUCAAAGUCUCUGUUCUUCAUGGAGAUUCUGGGUUCGAGUGGAGAUGGCAGUUUGGCCUUCCCUGAUCUUAACUGUCUUACUAAUCUGUUUCCAGUGCUUUUAGGAUUGCAGCUUCUACAUUAGAAAAAGCAUUUGUAUGGAGGUGGCGUGGUGAUAAUUGGAAUGUCAGUCUUUCUCUAUCACUGAAAGGAUUGAUAAUGGUUGAUUGGCAAUAACGGUGGUUGUCUGACUGAAAAAUCCUCAUUUGGAACAGCCUUUAAUGCACUAGAGGGUUCUGUGUAGACUUGCAUUGCACUGACUUUGCAGUCUCGUGUAUUUAAAUAUAAUAUAAACUUGUGUCCCUCAAAGAUUCAUAAAUUAUACUUCACUGUCAAACUUUGAGAAUAUUUUCUUUCCAGGAAACUGAGUGGCAGAACUUGGUAUUUGUUUUAUGUAUCACAGCAUAACUACUUGCACACCCCUCACAUCCUAGUAAAACUAAGCCAUACUUUAAAUUA